AUGCUUCGAACUUGUCUAAAAUAGCGAAUCUAUACAUAUUCUUCUAUUCGAGACAGAAUCAAUCAAGAGAGAGCUGAAAGAUUGAAGAAUUUACCAACUACAACUUAAGAAAAAAUAAGAAAUUUUGGCAUUAUAGCACAUAUCGAUGCAGGCAAAACAACAACUACAGAAAGAAUGUUAUUUUAUGCAGGAGCCAUUCCAUUCCCUGGUGAAGUUCAUGAUGGUACUACUACAAUGGAUUUCAUGCCAUAAGAAAGACAAAGAGGAAUCACUAUUAGAUCUGCAGCUAUAUCCUUUAAUUGGGCAAAUCAUUAAUAUAAUCUUAUAGACACUCCUGGACAUAUUGAUUUUACUGCUGAAGUAGAAAGAUCUCUUAGAGUUUUAGGUAACAAAUUAUUAAUAUCUAAUUAUUUACAGAUGGAGCCAUUGCAAUCUUUGAUGGAGUCUCUGGUGUUCAAACAUAAUCAGAAACAGUAUGGUUAUAAGCUAAUAAAUUUAAUAUUCCAAAAAUUGCAUUUGUUAAUAAAAUGGAUAGAUAAGGAGCAUCAUUAGAAUAUACAAUAUAAUCAAUGAAAGAUAGAUUAAAUAUCAAACCUUUUAUGUAUUUAUUUAUAUAUUAUACUAGAAUGUAGAUUCCUGUUGGAGAAAUUGAUUAUUUCAAUUCUGUUAUUGAUUUAUUAUCUUUCUAAGAGAUUAUUUGGUUAGACAAAUAUGGAUCAGAAGUUUAAUUCAGAGAUAUUGAUAAGUCUCAUCCUUAUUAUGAUAAAGCUAUUAAAGCAAGAGAUGAUCUAUUAUCAAAUGUGUCUGAAUAUGAUGAAACAAUUGCAGAACUCUAUUUAGAAGACUCUAAAGAAUUAUUAAAUUAACAAUUACUACUUUAAUCUAUUAAAUAGAUCAUUAAUACAAAUUAUAAUCAAUGUUGUCCUAUAUAUUUUGGAUCAGCACUUAAAAAUAGAGGUGUAUAACCAAUAUUAGAUGCUGUUCAUUAAUUAUUACCUGGACCAAGUGAGAGACCAUUGAUUUUUGAUAUAAAUAAUCCAAAUAAUAAAAGAAAGUUAGAUAAGAGUGAAAAAUUAACUGCAUAUGUGUAUAAGGUUUUAUAAGAUUAAGAUUUGGGUUUGCUUGGAUUUACUAGAAUUUAUUCUGGUGAAAUGAUAUAAAAAUAAAAUUAUUUCAAUAGUACAAAGGAUGAAUUAAUAAAGAUUGGUAAUCUCUAUAGAGUUAGAGCUAAUAGAUAUGUUCCUAUUAAUAGUGUUUAAGCAGGUGAUAUUAUUGCAAUUCAAUCAAAAUAAGCUGUUGCUGGUUCUACUAUUAUUGGAUCAAAUGAUGAUAAGUAUAAUCUAUUUUAAUUUAUUUAUUUAGAUUUGUAUUACAAUAAUUGCAAUUACCUUAAUGUGUUUUCUUUGCUAAUUUAGAAUAUGAAUCAGCCAAAGACAAACUCAAAUUAGAUUAGGCUCUAUAAUAGUUAUAAUUGGAAGAUGAGAGUUUGAAGAUUACAGUAGCUGAUGAAACACUUAUUACUAUAGGUGGACAAGGUGAAUUGCAUCUUGAAAUUGUUGUUUAAAGAUUAAAAGAAGAUUUUGGUUUAAACACAAAACUUAAGAAAUUGCAAGUAGAAUACAAAGAAAGUAUUAGUGAAGAAGGUGUUUUGGAAAUCAAAUAUUAAGAUUUACUUAAAGGAAGACCUUUAUGGUUUAAAUUGAAAUUAAAAUUAUAACCAAGUGAAUAAUAAGAAAAUGAAGUUAUUUUUGAUUUUGAUAGAGAAAAUGAUUUUGAUAUCCUAUAUAAACAAUUUAAAGAAACCUAACUUAGAUAAGUGGCUACUUAGAAAAAUGAAACUUCAGUAAAAUAUAUUAAGAAUCCUUGUAAAAAUAUAGAAGUAGAAACAAUUAUUGAUGAUCAUGGAGAAGAAAAAGCUUAUCAUAUAUCUUCAUUACAAUUUCCUAUGUUUUAUCAUUUAGAGAAGUCAAUCUUAGCCUCACUUAAUAGAGGUUUCUUGAAAUCUUAUCAAAUGCAAGGCAUUAAAGCUACUUUAUUAGAUGGUGCUUUCUCUGUAAAAAGAACUUCAGAUUUAGCUAUUGGUAGAGCAGUCUAAAAAUUAAUGUCAGAAAUACAUCCAUUACUUAAAGUAUAUAUAUAUAUAUAUAAUUUAGCCAAUUAUUCUUGAACCUAUUAUGGAUUUAGAGAUCUCUUGUCCUAAUUCUUUAUAGUAAAAAAUCAUUAAUGAUUUGAUUUCACAUAGAAGAGGCAAAAUCAUAGAAAUUAAAUAAGAUUAAAAUAGAGCAGGCUCAAAAAAUAGUAAUCGAGUCAUUAUUACUGCCACAAUACCAUCAUAAGAAACUAUUGGUUAUUCUACUGCCAUUCGUUCAAUUUCUUAAGGAGAAGCAUUCUUCUCUAUGAUAUUUAAAAAAUAUGAAUAUGUUGGUGGUCAAAAAUAAAAUGAACUAAUAUCUGAGAUCUUUUGA